AUGGGCAGCCCAGACCUCGACGUCGAUGAAGACUACUACGAGAUCCUCGGAGUCGUAUCAAGUAAGGCUUCCCCUCGCGCCAUCAGGGAAGCGUAUUGCGCAAAGUCCCUUCAGACUCAUCCCGACACGGGAGGCUAUGAUGAUGACUUCAAGCUUGUCUGCGAAGCGUACAUCGUCUUAAGCGACCCGCAGUCAAGAAGCGCGUACGAUCGUGCUACCGCCAACCCAGCCUCUGAUAAUCUUUGCCAUCAGCGAGAUCAGUGGUCGUCGCCACCACGCCCAGCGCCCGAGACCAAGCCGACAUUCUUCAAAGCGGAGCCUGGGCUAGACAAUGACGACCUUGAGGACGAUCACGACUCCGAGCACGCGUCGACCUCGUCGUUCCUUCUCAAAGACCCCGAUGACUGCUACUUCGCUGACUACUACUACCCCAACUAUUGUGAGAAGCCAAUUGUUAGCAAUGUCCGCAAUCACUACGACGUGGCCCGGCGGAAGUGA